AUGUAUGGCCGCUACACGCAGGACCUAGGAGCUUUUGCCAAGGACGAAGCGGCUCGCAUCCGGCUGCAGCAGGAGCGCUGGAAGCCCCCGAAGGAUCGUUUGCGCCCUUCAGAGCUGCUGGAAUACGACCAGAGUCGCUGUGCACGUUGCCGUAUCUGCACAGUGCGAUGCCAAAAAUUCCUCAUCUCCAAAGUGGGUGAAGACUGGAUCUUUCUAAUCCUCCUGGGAUUGGUUAUGGCCUUGGUGAGCUGGGCCAUGGACUUUGCCAUAGCCACCUGUCUACAAGCCCAGAAAUGGAUGUACGGCGGUCUCAACACCAACAUCUUUCUGCAGUACAUGGCCUGGGUCACCUACCCAGUUGUGCUCAUCACGUUCUCAGCUGGCUUCACCCAGAUCUUGGCUCCACAGGCUGUGGGUUCUGGCAUUCCUGAAAUGAAGACCAUCCUCCGGGGCGUGGUGCUGAAAGAGUAUCUGACUCUGAAGACGUUUGUGGCCAAAGUGAUUGGCUUGACCUGUGCUUUGGGUAGCGGGAUGCCUUUGGGUAAAGAGGGACCCUUCGUCCAUAUAGCCAGCAUGUGCGCAGCCCUCCUCAGCAAGUUUCUCUCGCUUUUUGGUGGCAUCUACGAGAAUGAAUCGCGCAACAUUGAGAUGCUGGCGGCCGCCUGCGCGGUGGGUGUCGGCUGCUGUUUUGCUGCCCCCAUUGGAGGCGUCCUCUUCAGCAUAGAAGUCACGUCAACCUUCUUCGCUGUCCGGAACUAUUGGCGCGGCUUUUUUGCAGCCACUUUCAGCGCAUUCAUCUUCCGAGUGCUUGCCGUCUGGAACAAGGAUGAAGAAACCAUCACAGCCCUUUUCAAAACUCGCUUCCGGUUGGAUUUUCCCUUCGACCUGCAAGAGUUGCCAGCCUUUGCUGUCAUUGGGAUCGCCAGCGGCUUUGGCGGGGCACUGUUUGUCUAUUUCAACCGCAAGAUUGUGCAGUUUAUGCGCAAGCAAAAAGCUAUCAACCGCUUCCUGAUGAAAAAACGCCUGCUUUUCCCUGCGCUCGUGACUCUCCUCAUAGCAACGCUGACCUUCCCGCCUGGCUUUGGGCAAUUCAUGGCUGGCCAGCUGACGCAGAAGGAGACCCUCGUGACCCUGUUCGAUAACCGUACGUGGGCCAAUCAGGGCUUGGCAGAAGAGUUUGAAUACAUCGAUGUCUCUGGAGCAUGGAAGCACCCACAUGCCAAUGUCUUUGUCACUCUGGUGGUUUUCAUCCUUAUGAAGUUCUGGAUGUCUGCCUUGGCCACAACAAUCCCAGUGCCCUGUGGGGCAUUCAUGCCAGUCUUUGUCAUUGGUGCCGCCUUUGGGCGACUGGUGGGCGAGAGCAUGGCAGCCUGGUUCCCCGAUGGCAUCCAUACAGACAGCAACAGCUACCGCAUUGUGCCGGGAGGAUACGCAGUGGUGGGCGCGGCCGCCCUCUCCGGUGCCGUCACUCACACGGUCUCCACCGCGGUCAUUGUUUUUGAGCUGACUGGACAGAUCUCCCACAUCCUGCCAGUCAUGAUCGCGGUGAUCCUGGCCAACGCGGUAGCCCAGAGCCUGCAGCCCUCCCUCUACGACAGCAUCAUCCGGAUCAAGAAGCUGCCGUAUUUGCCCGAGCUGGGCUGGGGACAUCAGGAGAAGUACAACAUACGGGUCGAAGACAUCAUGGUGCGUGAUGUGCGCUACAUCACCCUGAAUUGCAAGUACCACGAUCUUCAAGAUGUGCUCCACAGUACGAAGAUGAAAAGUCUGGCUUUGGUGGAAUCAGCCGAGUCCAUGAUCUUGCUGGGCUCCAUCGAGCGCACGCAGAUCGUGGCCCUUCUGAACGAGCAGCUGAGCUACGCACGGCGCCUGCAGCACCUGAGGGAGAAAGCCCAGUCUGAACGGCGAAGCACCGAGAAGAUUCCGGAAGGCGAGGAGCCUCACCAGACACCGGACACGGGCGUGCGCUUUCAAAUCAGCACAGAGGAGUCCUCGUUCGCCCCGCCACGAAAUGAUUCCCGCAAACCUUUGAAGCCGGCCUUAAAACGAGCCCCCAGCACUUUAUCCGAGAGUCCUUCCUCUGGAAAUAUGGAAACCCCGGGGAUUGCCUUGAGGAGCCUUUUCUGUGCUAACACCACUACGGCGGAGCCUUCUGAGGAGAAUCCGGGCGCGUCAGAAAAGCGCAAGUCGAAGCGCGUCCGCAUUUCUGUGGCGGAUGAAUGCGAAGUGAUUGGCGAGAUGACCCCGGCAGAGAUCCUGGAGUGGGAGGACCAGCAGCUCAAUCAGUUUGUCAACUUCAACAACUGCAAGAUUGAUCCUGCCCCCUUCCAGCUAGUAGAACGCACUUCUUUGCACAAGACGCACACCAUCUUCUCCCUCCUGGGUGUGGACCACGCCUACGUCACCAGCAUCGGGCGCCUGAUUGGCAUGGUGUCCCUCAAGGAGUUGCGGAAAGCCAUCGAGGGCUCCGUGACCGCCAAGGGCGUCAAGGUCCGGCCUCCGCUGGCCAGCUUCCGGGACAGCACCACCAGCAGUAGCGAGACAGAGGCCACGGAGAUCCACCAGCUGUGGGACCGGCGCCACCGGCACUCCAUUCCGCGCGAGUCCAGCCCUUCGGAGAGUGACGACAAGUGCCAGUGAGGUCUGAGGGUCUCCCGCUGACCCGCCAGAGGGUCAUGCCUGCUUCGUUCCAGCUGAAUCCUCCUGCGGCUGAAGGUCUUUCUUUGACUUUCCGGUCAAGAGACUCCAGGAAGGCCGCCAGGCCAGACCAGAGAGCCGCCUCAAGGCUCGGAGGAACCGAGAGCAGGACCGCUCCCCAGUAUAAAACUGCAGGCCUGCCUCCUAUCCUCCUGCUCCAGCGGGGUGGAGAGUGCCGAACAGACUCCAGUGGACGAGGUGGGGAGGCCCCCCACCCCACUGCGGCCCACGUCUCCGGAGGGCGUUGACGUCCUGGAACGAAUGAGCACAAUCCUCUUGCAUCCUUAAAGCCAAAGCCACCCCCAGUCUCCAGACUCGGAUCUGGUUUUCCCAGCAGCCCCUCGAACCCUUGUCCUGCCUCUUGGGGUCUGCACAGGGCUUUCCCGGCCGAGCCCCGUCCAGCUUCUCCGGUAGCCUUUCCUCUGCCUGGUGCCGGAGGCCCAUCGGAGGAGAACAAAGCCGUCCGUCCGAAAGAGGGAGGACUGGAAGGGGAAAAUCUAUGAAAUGGCUUCGGGAUUGUUUGUUUUGUGUUGUUUUUAAUCUCUUCUAAUCAUCUCUGCACAGCCCGGCCCAGAACUCAGAACCGUUCGUCCUGCUGUGGGGGCUGCCACGUGUCGCGGCCGUGCAAGAUGGCGCGUGAUGCUGGGAGCGGUCGUUCCCAAAGGGAACCUCUUCCUGGAUGUCGUGGCUGUGGGGCCACAUUCUAGCACAACAUUCCCCAAACGGGCGCACUCCUGAAGCCACAGACAACAACACUCAUCAUCCCCAGUAGGCACAGUGGUUGGAGGCUCGUGGUUGAGCACCUGCCAGGGGCAUCAAGCGGCCCUGGCCCCUCCGUCUUUCCAUGGCCAUCACUCUCUCUUCUCUGACCCUGUGAUCCGUCUGUAUUCCAUUCGGGCUUUGUGGCCGUCUAGCUUAGAAGGGUUUCUGCUUGAUAACAGAGAGGGCUUCCCCCCCACCUCUCUUUUUCUCUCCCCCUUUUGAUUAGUAAGUGUCUCUGAGGACCCAAUAAGGCGAACACUGGAUCUCUCGCUCCCCUGAGCCCUGGGGAGCCCCUUUCUCGUCCUGCUUCCCCCCCCCCCAAAAAAAAGACUCUGAUCUGGAACCCUUUCCCUCCUCUCUCUCUUGAAUCUAGGGAUGGGAAGAGAAACGGGGAGGGGGGGCUGAGAUGUAAAUACAGAUGUUUUUAUAUUAAUUUAAUUUUUAAAAAGAGAGA